UGUUCUCUUUUUCUCUUCAAUAAUUUUAGUAGAUAGUCCCCACAUGUAAGAGUUAAAGUUGGAAACCUCAAACUUUUUGUGUAUAUAGUUAAUAAACAGCCUCACUCACUUGCAAAACUGUGGAAGAAAAAAUAAAAGAUGGAAUGCAAAAGAGAAGAAGGGAAGUCUUACGUGAAGAGAGGGUUGUGGAAACCAGAAGAAGAUAUGAUAUUAAAAAGCUAUGUUGAGACUCAUGGUGAAGGAAACUGGGCAGACAUUUCUCGUAGAUCCGGGUUGAAGAGAGGAGGAAAAAGCUGUAGGCUGAGAUGGAAGAACUAUCUAAGACCAAAUAUCAAAAGAGGAAGCAUGUCACCACAAGAACAAGACCUUAUCAUCCGCAUGCAUAAGCUUCUUGGAAACAGAUGGUCGUUGAUCGCUGGUCGCCUUCCAGGUCGUACUGACAAUGAAGUGAAGAACUACUGGAAUACUCAUUUGAACAAGAAACCUAAUUCCCGAAGACAGAAUGCACCUGAAUCAAUCGUCGGCGCCACUCCUUUCACGGAUAAGCCAGUUAUGUCUACAGAACUGAGAAGAAGCCAUGGAGAAGGAGGAGAAGAGGAGAGCAAUACCUGGAUGGAGGAGACCAACCACUUUGGCUAUGACGUCCACGUAGGAUCUCCCUUGCCACUUAUUUCCCACUACCCAGACAACACUCUCGUGUUUGACCCAUGUUUUUCCUUUACCGAUUUCUUUCCUCUGCUUUAGGACUUUCCUGGAUUUAUCUCGAAGGAUAAAUUCUUGCAUAGACUUUUCGAGUCAUUAUGUUAUUAUUGCUUUACUUAUACAAUUUACAUCGAGUU